AUGGCGUCGUUGUGUCACUCGUCGAAAAUGGCGUCCGUCGCCGUGGCUUGCCCCAGCGGAGGGCGGCUUUGUGCCCGGGGAACGUUCCCGGCUCCGAGGCGCAGCCGCAGCUUUGACCGGGCUUAUCGUAAGUGGUCAGUGCAGUGGCUGAGUUGUUUAGCUGCUGGAGUGCAUCCCAAAAAGAAGUGGAAGCAGCUUGGAUCAGGAAGAUCUCACGUCGCACGGUCCUCAUCACUGAUCACCGAGCUUCUGGUGGAUGGAGAUAAUGCGAGUAUUGAGUUCAUCAAGCAAGCGAUGAACCGUUUGAAGGACAUGGGCGGCAAUGUUCGCACACAAGUCUUUGCCGAACCACGCCGAGUGGAAAACCGGAAGUGGAACAAUUUCUUGCGACAGCCUGGCAUCACAUUCCGAUCGGUUCCUCGUUCAAAGGACUACUCGAGAGAACCCAAUGAUGAGGCGAUCGAAGCUGCGAUGGAGAAGUGUUCCACACGUCGUGAAGUGCAUCGCAUUGCGGUGUUGACUAGAGAUGCAGAUUAUGUAGAUAUCCUUCAGAAGCUUGCGGACACAAAACCUGUUAUUUGGUGA